UGCUGUCUGCUCUCGCGUUCGGUUCCCGCGCUUUUCUGCACUUAACGAUGUCUGCCAGAUUACUGUUGGCCUUAGUCUGCGUGGUGGAGCUGACCAAUGUCAUCAUGGCGGGUGGCGGUGGCGGCGGCGGGCAUAAGAAAGUGAUCAUCCACGUACCACUGUUCGUGAAGCAUCACCAUCAUAAACACACUAUCGUGAAACACAUCCACCACAAGGAGCAGGGCGGCGGUGGCGACGACCACUACGAGGUCCUAGGAUACACCUAUGGCGAGCCCAAGUCAGCACCGCACUUCGGUGGUGGGCACGGGUGGCACGUGGCUGAGGAAGACCACGGCGCACUAUGGGAACCCUCUUAA